GGCAAAGCUGGUGUGCUAACAGCUAACAGCUAGUUAACUUUGACAAACAAGCUAAGUGUCCUGUUAAUAAGGCGACAGACAGCAGGUCUGCAGCUGUCUCUCAUGUUGCUGCUCGACUGAACGGCCUUCUGGAAACUGCUCGUGCACACGCACAGUCUCCAUGGCUACGGAAGAGUUCUACGAGGUGGAGAGGAUCAUGGAUAAGAGGAAGAAUAAGAAGGGGAAGGUGGAGUACCUGGUCAGGUGGAGAGGUUAUGGCUCAGACGGGGACACCUGGGAGCCUGAGAGUCACCUGUCCACCUGUAUGAUGUACGUUCACGACUUUAACCGUCAGUACGCUGAGAGGCAGAGAGACAACACGUUACUGCGUUCCACUCGCAGCUCACCCAGCCACCACUGCAACCCCGCCCACAGGCCGCCCUGCAGGCCGCCGCCCACCGCCACCGUUCACAGUGACAUCAGUGGAGGUUUAACUGGAGACUGCGAUCAGACGAAACCCGCGUCUGGUCCGGCUCACCUGCCCCCCACCGGACUGACCCGCCCGACCUUCGUCGGCUCGCAGCAACCCCCGCCGGCCGGCAGGUUCAGCAGCGGUCUGAUGUCGGCAUCUCCGGUCGGCUCGGCCCGCCGCAGCAUGGACCUGUCCAAGACCGGCAUCAAGAUCCUGGUUCCUAAGAGUCCAAUGAACAACCGUCUGGACUCGGAGGAGUCUACCAGCGAAGCGGCUCAUGGGCUGGAGGCAGGCGCUCAAGAGGCUCACCUGGUCCCUCCUGAGGUUGCUCUGUUGGUGAAACCUGCAGGAGUCCAGCUGGGGCCGGGAGAAGAAAGGGCACGCAUGGGGACCAGACCCCGCAACCAAAACCCCCUGCCCCCGCCUCGAGUACCCAUCACACCUGCUGCCAUACGCUCCCUCAGCGGCACAGGUCUGACGAUCAGCAUUCGGACUCCUCCAGGUAACUCUGGGGUGAUAGAGGCCGUCGCUGCCGGCGGGAUGCCAGGUGUGCAGAGUGCUGUCGCCGGGGCAACCAGCGUAACGGGGAAACGUCGCCUGGAGGAACGUUCCGCUUUCGACAAACGUCUCCGGUUCAGUGUUCGACAGACAGAAAGUGCUUACCGUUACCGCGACAUCGUGGUGAAGAAACAAGACGGCUUCACUCACAUCCUGCUGUCAACCAAGAGCUCAGAGAACAACACGCUAAACCCUGAGGUGAUGAAGGAGAUCCAGAGCGCCAUGGCGACGGCAGCAUCAGAUGACAGUAAGAUGGUGUUACUUGGCGCCGUCGGCAGCGUCUUCUGCUGCGGCCUCGACUUCCUGUAUUUCAUUAGACGUCUGACAGACGACAGGAAGAAGGAGAGCAUCAAGAUGGCCGAAACUAUCAGGACCUUUGUCAACACCUUCAUCCAGUUCAGGAAGCCAAUCGUAGCAGCGGUGAACGGGCCAGCGGUCGGCCUUGGCGCCGCCAUCCUGCCACUCUGCGAUGUAGUUUGGGCCAAUGAGAAGGCCUGGUUCCAGACGCCGUACAUGUCCUACGGCCAGACGCCUGAUGCCUGUUCAUCCUUCACCUUUCCCCGCAUCAUGGGCCUUGCCUCGGCUAACGAGCUGCUGCUGAGCGGCAGGAAGUUGACGGCUCAGGAGGCGUGUACUAAAGGCUUGAUUUCUCAGGUUCUCUGGCCAGGAACCUUCACACAGGAAGUGAUGCUGCGAAUCAAAGAGCUGGUGACCGUCGACUCACAGGUUCUACGGGAGUCUAAAGCCCUGAUGAGGAACACCAGCCGCAGUGCUCUGGAGCAAGCUAAUGAGCGCGAGUGUGAAGCCCUGAAGAGAGUUUGGGGCUCGUCACAGGGAACCGACUCCAUCCUGCAGUACCUGCAGAGGAGAACCGAGCUUUGCUAGAAUCUGGACCCGGACCGGGACUUGAAACGGGAGCGAGGCUGGUCCCAUGACUCAGCAGCACUGACUCGGCAAAUCCUGAGCUGGAGAGGAAACGCUGACCGUUCUCUCCAUUUGUUGCAACAUUUAAAUUAUGAUUUCAGCAGAACGCUGAUUUUGGUCAUUUCUGUAAAUCCUCUUGUUCUCGAUGUCCUCCAGUUCAUCUCAUCCAUGGGGGGUCCACAGGGUUCAGCUCUUGGUCUGCUGUUGUGCAGCUUCACAUGCUUCUUCAGGUGAUAACAUCAGGAAACAUGGGAUGGAUUAUGAGGUUUAUGUUGUUCCGGCCAGACUAAAGGGAGUCCGUUUGAAAAGAACCUGAACAGAUCAACUCAGGGUUAAAAUAGCUCAUAAAUCAGACUGAAUGUUUGUCGUAUGGGAACUACUCAGUGACAACAGCUUAAAACAGCAGAUUUCCAAUGGGAGUUCUGCACAGUCUCUUGAUUUAGAAAAUCACCUGUUCUAAGACGGGAUAGCAGUUUCCCCUUGUUUCCAGUCUCUGUGCUACGCUGGGCUAAAGGUCCUGGACCUCUGUACUGGAUGCAGAGAUGAAACUGAAACAUUGCUCUGACGGAGAACCAGAGGAUUUAUAAAAAGCUUGGACUGUUCCUUUAGAUUGAGGUGACCUCUGACCACUGGAGGCAGAAACCGGAUGUGAACUUACACAUGGACCCUCAUGUUUUUUUUAAACAGGAUCAUCGGACAGUGUGUCGCAGAUGUUAUAUAUAAGUCCACACUUGCGGUCUUUCGCUCCUCAGUCUGUCCUCUCUUAGUCUUUAAUGACUCCAUGUUUCCUCUGGCGCCACCCUCAGGACAAACUACAUUUUUACCAAGUUCCAUUGAUCUGGAGUCUAAGACCAGAUAAACCAUCAGGAUGCAGUGAACUGCCAGAGUGUUGAAAGGACUUUGAAUUGAGAAUAAUUACAUUUGUAUGAUCAUGCAGCAGCUUGACAGCGAUGAAUUAUGGGUAAAUAUUGACAGAGGAAGGACCACUGACUGACUGAGCCGUCUGGACAUGCCUGUCAGUUGUGAGGGUCUGAACAGGAUCAGGAUGUGAGCGGGUUCAGGUUUGCAGACAGUCUCUAAUCAUCCAUCAAACAGUUUAACCCUCAUGUAAAAUUAAACACAAACUCGCCCCCCCUUCAGGAAACUGCCUGUUUGUUCUGUUAGUGUUAUUUCAUAUGAAAGUAAACUUUGAAGUCAAACUGAAAGUAAAAUGUCAUGUCAUGGUUACAGCUCAUCUCAACACAUCUGCUUUGUAAACUGAUUGUUGUCACCUGCACAGGUGGAGCCAAUCAAAUCCUGCUUCAAACAGCAGCGUCAGCGUCACACUGAGCCAAUCAGCAGCCGGCUACACCACACGAGAGCCACAUCUCUGAACAACAACCCACAUUAGCUUCAUGCUACAGUCUCCUUAUCUGAGUCUAACGUGAUGAAGGAGCCACCAAACCAAGAUUCACAGAGGAAAGGUGCACAGGCAGCUUGCAGGCUAGUUAGCUAGUUAGCUAGUUAGCUGUUCAGCUGCAGCACAUUAAAUGUUGAUGUACCUACAGGAGCCACCUGGUCCAGUUAGAUGCUGAUGUGGUUCUGGUCUUCACUAACAACACAAUCUGUCCUGACCGUUUGUUCACUCUCUGGUUUCCUGCAGCGUAACGCCGGCGCCCCCUGUUCUCACUCUGUUGCCUAACGCUCUCUGUCCCUACAGCGGGACACCAGCAUGGUGUAACACAGGCAGCUACUGUCAAUCAAAGAAAGACACGCCCUCCAGCCAGCUGAUACUUCAUUUUGUUACCUGUGGACAGCCAGGCUAGCUGUUUCCACCUGUUUCCAGUCUGAAUGUUAAGCUAAGCUAACCAGCUUCUGGCUAUAUCUUCACAUUUAGUGUACAGACCGGGGGGGGGGGGAGCAAAGAACCCACCCUGUGAUAAGUCACCUGACCUGCUCUGUCUCAUAACAUCUAACACAAAGAUUUCACUAAAUGUUCAGCUGGUGUUGUUUAACUCAGCAGCUUUUUGACGAAGCUGCUUCAGUUUAUGUUUAAGAAAAAGUGACAAACAGGAAAAACCAGGAACCGUUUGAAACGAAGGUUUUUCAGAAUGAUUUCAAACUUCAUUCAUUCAGAGAACGUACGGGAAACUUUUUAUGUAUUAGAAUGAACUUUUUCACAAGUAAAAAUGUCAUUACACAAACUCACCUGUGUCAACAAAUAUUCAGAGUCAUUUCCACCUCUAACUUCUUCAUAAUUAUGACAAAAUAAUUAUGACAUGAGAAUAAUUUGUAAUAAUAAUAAUCUGUAACAUCAUUUAUUAUAUAGCUACAAAGUACUUUAUGUAUCAGCUGAUGAAUAAUAACAUGAUGUAACAUGAGAAAAACAACAAAAAGUGAAAGUGGAACUUUUCUACC